CUUUAGAAUUUGGUUCAGGUGGUGCAAAAGUGCUACCUUCUAUAAUAAAGAUCGGUGAAACUCUUGAUGAUAAUGAAUAUGAAGAAUUUAUAGUGACAUCUAUUGUAAAAAUGUUUGCUGUACCUGAUCGAACUAUGCGUCUGAGUUUGUUAGAAAAUUUGGGCUCGUUUAUUGAUCAUUUAGACAAUAAAACGAUCAAUGAGAAAGCAACAGGAUUUACAGAUACCGUACCAAUUAUCAGAGAGAGUACUGUAAAAUCAGUUCUUUUGCUCGCUCCAAAGUUGACCGAUCGCGUUAUAAACAACGAUUUGUUGCGCUAUUUGGCAAAGUUGCAAAUGGACGAAAUGCCUGGUAUUCGAACAAAUACUACUAUUUGCUUAGGCAAGAUUAGCAAAUACCUGAGUGACAGCACAAAAAAAAAAGUAUUAGCGACUGCAUUUACAAGGGCACUGAGAGACCCGUUUCCCCAUGCUAGAGCGGCAAGUUUGAUGGCUCUGACAGCAACACUAGAUUAUUAUGAUGCAACCGAUUGUGCAACCCGAAUAUUGCCUUGUGUGUCAGUAGUUUUGGUUGAUAAAGAGAAACCAGUACGCAUUCAAGCUUUCAAAUCGCUUGAUGCAAUUGUCAAACGGUUAGAAAAAUUGGUUGAAUCAAUGCCCGAUUCAGCCAUCAUACCUGAACAAAAUUCGGCAGGAAACGGCGAUACUUCGUUAUCGACAUCAGUUGCAGGUAGCAUGGUUAGUGUUGCCGAAAGUUGGACUGGAUGGGCUGUUACAUCGUUGACUAAAAAGAUCGCUGGGGUAAGUGUUGAAGGCGAAAUUGCUGCAGCACCUACAAACAAUAAGAUCACCGGAGUAAAUGGUGAAGACGAAAUUGUAACAACACCUACAAACAGCAAGAUCACUGGGUUAAAUUUUGAAGGCGAAAUUAUAACAGAACCUACGAACA